AUGUCAGAACCUCGGACGACAGGCAACGAAUUGAUCCUUCCAACGGGUGCAACCAACGCCAGGGAAUCAAACGUUGACGCCGGCGUCAAUCCCCAUCCUCGGCCGUUGUUCAACCCACCGUCUACCGCUUCCACUCCCCUUGGCACGAAUCCACCAAGUCCCUGGAUCAUCACCCCGCCAGAGUUGCUUUUUACCUCCAGCCCCCAUUUGGAAACCCCCGAUUUCGACAGCGAAAUGAGAAUUAAGAUCAAUUCAGCGAGAUCUUCGGAUUUGAAGCAAUCACAGAAGACCACUAGCGCGACGGCAAAAGACCAAACCAACGACAAUACAAUAGAAAAGAGGAAGGUUUUUGAGGAUAAGGAGGUCGCCAAGGAGGAGGUCAACCUCAUCAACCAAUCGGACCACGAAACAGAGGAGGAUAUCCAAUCCAAAGAUGGCCAUCCUGAAGCAAACAACGCGGAUUCGGACGACACGGAUGCCAUGCUAGAUCCGCAAGGGAACGCAAAGGAGUGGUUCCUCCCAAAUUUGGAGGACACCUUUGGGACCUACAUCAAUCACGGGUGUAUCCUUGACAAACAAGGGUACCCGAUCUAUCCCAACGGAAAAACCGUGUUUGUGCGCAAACCUGGCAAGACGGUGACGAACUUCGGCACCGUUGGUUUUUCAAAAACAUCCUCAAGCAACAAGCGUGGUAUCAACAACGAUUGGAAAGUUGUUCGUUACUUCUGCCUGGGGGCCCUGAAGCUUGAAGAGGGGAAAACAAAAUGUCCCGGUAAAUCAGGGAAAUGCAAUGGCAAUGUUACCCACAAGAAAUGUUGCCAAAACUCCGUGGCUGUAAGAUUUGAUUACCACUUGCCUACCGGAUGGGGUCUCCUCAGGCACAAGGGCAAGCAUCCGCAUCCGUGGCCCGAGGCUGAAAAGCCUGACCCCAUGUCCAAGGAUGAGCGUGGCUUGUUGAUAACAUCUGCUUCAUUCUUUCCACAGAAUGAACACUUCACAUUCCAAACCCAAUGGAUGGCCGAUCGACUACUUGCUAGGGAUGAGAAUAAUCAGGUCUACAGCGGGGGUCUCAUAUCCAAUGUCACGUACCGAUACUUCGAAACAGGCUACUUGCUCUCAACCUCAAUGUACUGCGAAGACCUUCACCGAUGGAUACCUAUCCAGCUGACUUGGAUCCGCGGGUUGAGUGAGGAAUACUACAAACUCCAUUUCACCACACUCUUCAGACAGUUUCAAGCCGCACCAGUAACACCUGCCGAACGUGACACGCUAGUCCGCCAAGUGGUUGACUUCUCCACUGCUCAAGCCGAGGGAUUUGUCUCAGCGUAUCUGGAAGUCUUUCGUCAGGGAACUCAAAAAGAGGUGAGACGCAUGCUGAAAGGGUGUCGGGAGCAUUUCCGCCAGUCUGUCACACGAAUCAAGCGUAAUCGGGCUCUCAUGACUGCUGACGAGGAGGAGCCUUUCCAAAAAGCAUGCAUGGAUCUCUUGGAACACCAAGAAGCUGGCGGGAAGACUCAUGAAGAGAAGGUGGACUUCCUUAGGCGAUGUUAUCCCAAAUUUCGCAACUGGCUUGAUUGGUGGACGGUUUCUGACAUUGAGGCCCUCCUCUUUCCAUCGCGACAACCCCGACUCGAGGAUACUCCUGACGGUCUUUCCAAUACUACCAAUGCCCAGGAGAGUAUGCACCGGAUCUACUACAGGCUCAGUGACGGAAAUCAGUACACCAUGGUUGGAAUGGUUGACCUGUUCUCCUUUGUAAAAAUGUUGGAAGAAGAUUGGAAAGCUGCGAUGAAGGGGAUCCCGAUUUCCUAUGGGGCCAACCCCACCACGGACAUUGGCACCACCCUUGGUAUCGCAAAGAAACGCAAAUGUGGCAAAGGGAAGUUCAUCAAUGAUGGAAGGCCCCCAGACACAACAGAUGAGCUUGUUGAUGGAAAGAAGAAGAAAAAAGCAAAGCUUGGCAGGCCCCCCAAUUUAACAAACUUCAACAAAAGCCUCUGCCCAUUAUGGCUCUGUGGAAUCAGCGGUCAUGGGAAGGAUGUCUUCACCGCAAUUGCUCAUCACUUCUCAUGUCAAUCAACUGGCGAACUAAAUGGCAGUAACACAAUUCGUUCAACUUUGACGCGUGGACAAAACAUGGUAUUCAAUGUUCUCAGUCCUAAAUGUCCAGGACGAUUCCUUCCUGGCGCGUUUGCUUCUUGCGAUUACUUCCUUGAGGUUGCAUUGGAUCCCCAACUUCACAAGAAGGAUGAGUAUAAGCAGCUCUUCUCGAUUGAUGAACAUCAAACUUUCACCUGCGAACUCCAGCUGAAUAAAUUGCAGAAGCACCCCACUCGAGAUCACCGCACCCUUCAUGUCUUGACAAUCAAGCCGCAGAUGUUUGAUGAGAAUCGGAUUCCUCACUCUGAUGUAUCAAAGCUAAUCGAGAUGUGGCAAACCAAUGGAUUGCUGGCAACUUCGGGUAUGAUCUGCAAACACUGCAAUCCAAACAAACCAAAACCGAAGCUCCCAAAGAACACCAAAAUUCAAAAAGUGUCUUCCGAUGUCGACAAUAUUAACGUUGGAGGCGCCACAUACACUCUGAUCUCCCGAGGCUACUGGCAACAAAAUCACUACUGGUGUAAGGUCCUUCGAAGUGCUAACAUCUCAGCUGACAAGGGUAGUUUGACCGCAAUUUGGUUACACAACGACGCCGAGAAUGAUGGCUAUGCAGAACAGAUCAAUCAGGUUCCCAGUUUGAUUGCCGGAGUGGAAGAAAAACACAAGCUGCUCCUUUAUUGCGCGAUUGAACACCUUCGGAGGAAGAAUAUGUCAACCAACGCGAUUCAGAAAAUUGCCAGAGAAAAAUCGCCUUCAACAACUACGGGUAAUGCUCCAAAAAAUUACACUUCACCACUCAAAGGAACAACUCCAAUUGCACAACUCGCCUCUCAAAUGAAUGCACAGAUUGCUCAAAAGUAUGCAAUAGACCAAAAAGAACCAGACACCAAACAACAGUGUUCCUUGGAUGCAGAAGUCACACUGGAAAUAGACAAAUCAUUCCUCUCGGUUGGCAACAAAUCUCAUGGUGAUCAAUCUUUUGUGCUUGGCGAUCAAUCUUGUGGCAAAUCUCGUGAUCAAUCUUUUGUGCUUGGCGAUCAAUCUCUUGAAUCCCAUGGUGAUCAAUCUUGUGGCAAAGAUGGCAACAAAGACGGUGGUGAUCAAACCUUUUCUCUUGGUGAUCAUACUGGCGAAGACGGUGGUGAUCAAUCUUUUGCUCUUGGUGAACAGUCUCUUGGCAAUCAAACUGGUAAUCAGUCUCUAGCUGAUGAAACAGAUGAUCAUGUUACUCAAACUCAGGUGAAACACAGUCAAGAGGAUGAAGAAGUCCCUCAGAAACCUCCAAUACGGUUCAAGGUCAUACUGAGACCACUUGAGAAAGGAUCACCUCCAAGUACCAAAGGAAAAACCCAGGCUUCAAGACAAUCAGUGAGAAAGAAAAAAUGA